AUAGAAAAAAAAAAAAAGAUAAAAAUGCAUGCAGGUGCCCUUGCAUAAAUCAUGCCCAAAACAACUCUCUUUCGACUUCAGUAAAUGUUGUUUGCAUCAGAAAUGCAGUUGGAGUAAUGAAGUCAGUAGUCUCCUUCUUUAAUAUGUCGGCUAAGAGAAACCAAGUCUUGAAAUCAAUAUUAGGACAUCAAUUAACGAGUCUAUGCGAAACAAGGUGGGUUGAGCGUCACGAAGGAGUAAUUCAAUUUCGAUCUGGGUUUUCUCAAAUAGUUGAAGCACUUACGUUAAUCUCGGUAUGGAAAGAUGCAAAGACUUCUACAAUUGCAACAACUCUGCUAAACUCUUUGUGCACGACUGAGUUUUUGUUGUCAAUGUUAUCUGUCAUUGAUAUAUUAAAAAUAACAUUACCACUCAGCCGACUUCUUCAAAUGCCAAAUCUUGACGCUAACGGGGCUUCUACAGCUGUGUCCAACACGAUGUCAACAAUCAAUGAAAAAAAGAAAAAAUUGUGAGCAGAAUUUUAGCAAAAUUUAUAAAGAGGCUACAGAACUAGCAACAGGAUUAGAUAUUGAAAUAAAGUUGCCUGAAUUAGCAGGUAGGCAGACCAAACGAGAAAACUACCCUAGAGGUAAAGAGGAAUAUUGCAGAAGAUCAAUUUAUAUUCCUCUCUUCGACAAUGUAUCCAAUGACUUGUCUUCUAGGUUAAGUUUUAGUUCCUUAGAUUGUUUUGGUCUGCGAGGAAUCAUUCUCAGCAUACUAGCCGAGGCAAACAGAGAUAAUGAAACUAUUUUAAUUAAAUAUUUGGAAACAUCCUUU